AGUAGGAAGUCAGACCACAAACUGACCAGACAGUACUAACUCACUGACGCCCACAACAACCUUCCUAAGGAUGCUAUUACCUUCUCUCAGUGGUUCAAUGCUUCCAUUUAAUAUCAGAAAAUGUGCAUAAUCUGAAAUUCUUACCCUUCUCAUACAUCCACAAAACUGAAGAAAACCCCCAAAGAAUGAAUGACAGUAAAAACGAAGCCCCCUCCCACCUGCCUCAGCAAAAGCAUCAGCCCCACCACUACCAACCAUGCAAACAAUAGCAAAGCCCCAAGAGACCAUGACAUAGAGUCCAUCAAAAAAAGCUGUUCAUCCCAACACAUGGACAUGCUACAGGCUCAGAGCUGGCCCGCCGGUAUAUUGCAUGCACCACUAAUACUACAAAUCCCACAAUGCACUGCCAGUGCAUUGCUCACGCUUGCCUUACUCUCUCAUCAGCAUCCUUUUGGCGCUAGUCACGUGUGGUCAACUUUCAGCUAUCCCUCACCCCAAAAAUGGCUGAACGAAAGGUGGACUUUGAAAACAGGGGUUUUCAAGGCAGGUGGGAGGCAGAGUAUAUGUUCACAGAUAUAAAGGGCAAACCUGUUUGUCUUGUGUGCAGAGACGGUGUGGCUGUAAUUAAAGAAUAUAACGUAAGACGACACUAUGAAACGAAACACCACGACAAAUACAAGCAUCUGGACAAGAAACAGAAGCUCCAGAAGGUAGACUUGUGGGACUGACAACAGAUGGAGUGCCCGCGAUGUGAGGUCAAAAGAGUGGAUUGGUGGGCAGGAUCCGGGAGAAGAUGCGGGAGGAAAACGGCGCAGGUGAGCUGACAGCUUAUCACUGCAUCAUACACCAGGAAUUGUUGUGUGGCAAAGCCUUGAAAAUGGAACAUAUAAUGAGCACCACAACACGAGCAGUUAACUUCAUAAGAGCCAAAGGUUUAAAUCACCGCGAGUUCAAGUCGUUUCUGGAGGAGUUGGGUUCAGAAUAUAAUGAUUUGCCCUAUCACACAGAGGUGCGAUGGUUAAACCAAGGAGAAGUGCUGAAAAGACGUUUCGAGUUGCGUGAGGAGAUCUGUCAGUUCAUGGAAAGCAAAGGGAAAGACACAACAGAGCUCUGGGAUAAAAAGUUGCUUUGUGAAAUGGCGUUUCUGUGUGACAUCACGAGCCAUCUCAAUGCGCUCAACCUGCAGCUUCAGGGGCGGGGUCGUGUGAUCACAGACAUGUACGCUGCAGUGAGGGCUUUUAAAACCAAGCUGCGCCUGUGGGAGACGCAGAUGCAGCAAGAAAACUUGAGCCAUUUUCCGUGUUGCCAAGCUAUGAAAGAGCAGGUUUCUACCGCAAAGUUUGCUGAAAAACUUAGCAUACUUGGUGCCGACUUCACACGGCGAUUUGCCGACUUUGAAGCCCAAAAGAGCAGGUUUGAACUGCUCAGUAAUCCAUUUGCAGCUGACGUGGAAAGCGCACCAACCAACAUACAAAUGGAGCUGAUUGAACUCCAAUGUAGUGACACACUCAAGGCAAAGUAUGACUCGGUGGGCGUUGCACAGUUUCUACGUUUCAUUCCCGACACAAUGCCCCAGCUGCUCAAAUGCUCUCUAUGUUUGGCAGCACAUAUCUGUGUGAACAACUGUUCUCUUUGAUGAAGAUAAAACAUCACACAGGAGUCGUCUUUCUGAUGAACACCUUCACUCAAUUCUGAGGAUUUCCUCAGCUCAGAGCCUGACUCCAAACAUUGAUGAACUUGCAUCCAAGAUGAGAUGCCAAGUCUCUGGCUUAGACUAGUGUGAAUCACAAAGUGUUGGCCUGUGGAAAAAUGUUUUCAUUAGAAAUUACUCUGGAAAAGUUGCAGAUAAAGCCAUAAGAAAUAAAUGCAACUGAUUUUUUAUUUAUUUAAUGUUCAAUGUUGUUUUUGUAGGCAAUAACCUAAGCUUUGUUAGUUCCAGGUUAAUAUGUGUAAUAAAUUCAUUUCAAUAAGUUUUGCAAUAAACGCUGAACCAGUCCGGCC